AACUACAUAAAAAUACACGGUGGCAGUUGCGGAUUGUCAGCCGUUUUUCAUCGAUUCACAUCGAUCCCUUAUUACUACUGAUCUGUAUGUGUUACUAGAAUCUGGAAAGUGCAACUGUUGUUCAUCUGUUUCAUGUAUUAUUUAUACAAAUUGCUUGACUCAAACGCAGAGAAAAUGUCAGGAAAGUUGAGAGUUGCAGUGGUUUGUUCGAGUAAUCAGAACAGAAGUAUGGAAGCGCACGCAGUACUAAGCAAAAAAGGCUACAACGUGCGGUCGUUUGGAACUGGUGCAAACUGUAAACUCCCUGGGUCGGCUCCAGACAAACCAAACAUCUACGACUUUAAGACAACCUAUGAAGAGAUGUACAGAGAUCUGGAAAGCAAAGACAAACAACUCUACACACGGAACGGCAUUCUCUCGAUGCUGGACAGGAAUAGACGCAUCAAGCAGCGGCCGGAGAGAUUCCAAAGCUGCAAGGACAAGUUCGACGUGGUGGUAACGGCUGAGGAGAGAGUCUACGACCAGGUUUUAGAAGACUUUAACUCUAGGGAAGAGGAAUCAGGAGAACCCGUGCACGUCAUCAACAUCGAAAUUGUGGACAACCACGAAGAGGCAACGCUAGGGGCAUUUGUCAUCUUGAAACUCUGUCAACUUCUGGAAGGUUGCGACGACUUGGAGAACGACAUCGACGAAAAGAUACUGCAGUUCGAGAGGGAGAGCAACAGGGAUGUUUUGCACACCAUUUGCUUCUACUGACAAAACGUGAAGCCACCAGCGAACACUCACACACGAGAGUGUAUCAGCAGUACAACCCUAGAACUGGAUAGAGCUGACUCGCGAACGACCAAGCACCAUUCAGACAGGCUCGGCCAUGGACCGUGCUGAGUGCGUGCUCACGUACGGGUGCACACAUGCGAAGUUGUGGAGGAAGGACGCCGUGUAUGAUAGGCCGGCCGCGUCCGGAUUAAGUCUUGGCCACAGCUGGUUUAGUAACGACGUGGAAGCUGCUGCGUUAGUGGCUUGAACCACUCUUCAUAAGUUGCAAUUACUCCCGGACCAGUCUCUUGAUCCGAACACUGCCGGUUUUAGUUAUUUUUUUUUCAAGAUUGGAUAGGUGGCAGUCACAACCACUUCUCAAACUUAAUUUUUGGUACCUUGUUUUCGGCGUCGGUUGCUUUUAACAUUAAUGUCAAUAGAUGGCUCCAUACCGUGCCAGAGAAGAAAUUGAGAUGAAAAGGGGUUUGAACAAUCGACCACAUGUCAGUUCUUAAUAGGUAUCUCAGGAUUUUUGGGGCGCGGUGUUGAGUGGUCUCAAAUGGUCCCAAAUGAUACAGUAAGCCUAUUUGAUAUAUUUCCUAUCGCUUUGAAUUAAAAAAAAAUAAUUAUCCUAAUGGUUGACUUUAAGGAAAGAUCUAUUUUACAUUGCUGAAUUCACUGCUUGGUAGUUGCUGAGGACGUCACACGAUCAUCAGAUCAACCUCAUACAAUUUGCAAUAGCUUUAAUAACCACGAAGGCCAGAGCUGUCCAUGGGGUCUGUUUGUUUCACAAGGAUCUGGAUCAAAAUCGAUGAUCCAAGGACUGGUUCUGGCUAUCCAUUAUACACGGUUCUGAUGUCAAUGACCCAACGACGGCCUCACUGAUCGCGAUUCGGAUCCGCGUGACACAAAGGGCCCGUUUGUUUAACACGCAUUUGGAUCUCGAUCAGUGAUCCUCACGCUGGUUCGCACCAUCCAUGCAUUAGGCGAGUUUUGGUGUCAGUAUACCAACGACAGAUCACAGAUCGUGAUCCAGAUGUGAAACAAACACGGCCAAACAGGCCCAGAGAGAGCAGCGCCAGCUUCAGAUUUUUGAAGCAGUAUGGCUGUUCAUUGUCUGCGGCUGAGCGUGCGGCUAUUGUAUACCAACUGUCCAAAUGCGCUGGUUCAUGCGCUUGCCAGUUUGUCUCCGACAAUGGUGACACUAAUGUCGUACCUCUCUUUAUACAUGUGUAGCUCGGGCGAAGGCUAUAAAAGCGCACCCUCAACUACCAUAAUGAAGCGAGAUACGAGACGGAGAGAACGCCCCCCUCCCCGCUCUGUGUUGGUCAUUGUUUCACAGGGAUCUGAGGAAUUCUUUUCAGACAUCUAGGGGGAUGUGUUAACACUAGUAUAGAGUUUAUGUAGCAGUUGGACAUAUUGGGGGGGGGUACCCCUCUGUCUCAUUUCUUGCUGGAUAUGUCAUCGUCUUUAUCAUCCGGGUAAUAUUGUUGUGUACCCGCUGGGCGUGGUUUUAGGUUUAUAAAAAAGGUGCUGCUGCGUGGCGCUGUGUAAUGAUAUAAAGCAAAGUUGAAAACGUGCCUACCAUGGCCUGCAUUCAUGGUAUCCGAAUUUUCGGACGUUUCAGCGAACUAGCGCCACCCCGAAGGACAACACGUCCGAAAAGUCGGAUACCGUCCGGCCACGGCGAACACUUUUUCUAUAUUGUUGUGUUAUAACCACCGUUUUAGAUUUUAACCUCAGUAGCGGUAGACGAGAAUACAUGUGAAAGGGACUGCAAGCGGCAAUAACUAUGUGACGUCACCGUCAAUAUAAUGAUUAUCGCACUGCAAACGCGACAGGAAAGUUGGGCGUAAUUCGCCUGAAACUCCAAAUAAUGACUUCAUAAUAAUUCGCUUUUGCAUUCGCACCAAGUUGGCCACUGACGAAAAUACGUUUACCGCGACAUGUUCACAAUUUUACAAUAUUCCCACCUUAAUUUAUUUUCCUAUUGUAUACGUACUAACGAGAAUUUUGUUCUUUGAAACCGUUCAAUAUUUACGAAUUUCGCUGUUCUCCAUACACAGCAGGUCAGUAGUUUUCUGGUGUACUAUGAAUUGGUUUUUAUGCUACUGUUGUCGCGUAGCAUUAAUACACUUAUGCAACUUCCACGCUUCGUUCAGAGAAUUAUGUUGUAAAAUCGUUCAACUUGGAGUUGGAAAACAAUUUGGCGUUCUUACCCUACAGUGUGGAAAACUUCAAUGAUCGUCAGAAAAUUUGGUUACUGGUGUGAUAUAAGAGAAUACACAAAGUGUUCGAAGCAUUAAAAAUAUCCUGCAAACGAU